CUCUCUAAUCAUGGCGAGUCCAAGAACAAGAAAAGUUCUGAAGGAAGUCAGAGCACAAGAUGAGAACAAUGUCUGUUUUGAGUGUGGUGCCUUUAACCCCCAGUGGGUGAGUGUGACCUAUGGAAUUUGGAUCUGUCUGGAGUGCUCAGGAAAACACCGAGGCUUGGGAGUUCACCUCAGUUUUGUACGUUCUGUAACCAUGGACAAGUGGAAGGAUAUUGAGCUGGAGAAGAUGAAGGCUGGAGGUAAUAGCAAAUUCCGAGAGUUCCUGGAGUCUCAGGAUGACUAUGAUCCCUGCUGGACAAUGCAAGAGAAGUACAACAGCAAAGCUGCAGCUCUCUUUAGGGAUCAGGUAGCUACAGUAGCUGAAGGCAAGGAAUGGUCGAUUGAAACUUCUCCUGCAAGGAACUGGACCCCACCUCAGCCUAAAACAUCUCUUUCUCCUCAUCGUAGUUAUGCUGGACAAUCUCAGACUGCGACUGCCUCUUCUGACAAGGCUUUUGAAGACUGGUUAAAUGAUGAUGUCAAUUCCUACCAAGGUGGCCAAGAGAAUCGCUAUGUUGGGUUCGGCAACACAGUAAACCCUCCAAAAAAAGAGGAUGACUUCCUGAACAAUGCUAUGUCCUCACUGUACUCGGGGUGGAGCAGUUUUACAACUGGAGCAAGCAAAAUUGCCUCUGCUGCUAAAGAGGGUGCGACCAGAUUUGGAUCUCAAGCAAGUCAAAAGUUUUGGGGCUACAAGCAGCAGCCAGAGCCGGCAUCAGAGUUAGGUCAGACAUUAAAUGAAAAUGUUCUCAAACCUGCACAGGAAAAGGUGAAAGAGGGGAAAAUAUUUGAGGAGGUCACCGUGGGGGUAUCCCAGUUGGCCAGCAAGGUUCAGGGAGUUGGGAGUAAGGGAUGGCGAGAUGUCACCACUUUCUUUUCCGGCAAACCAGAUGAUAAUGCUGACAGACCCCCAGAGGGAGGCAGCUACCAGAACAGUGGUGGGGAGAGCUACCAGAACAAUGCUGUAGAUCAGAGCUUCUGGGAGACCUUCGGCAACUCAGAUCCACCAAAAGCUCAUAAAUCUCCAAGCAGUGAGAGCUGGACCUAUGUGGACAAUUCCACAGAGAAGAAGAGCUCCGAUAGCUGGGACGUGUGGGGCUCAGGAACAGUCUCCAACAACAAGAACAGUAACAGCGAUAGUUGGGAAAACUGGGAAACCAACUGGGAAAACGCAGGAGGAGAGAGCAAGACCAGAAAACCUCCUAAGGCAACAAAAAAGGCAUCUUCAGCUGGUGAUGGGUGGGAUAACCAGAACUGGUAGAACUCUGUUAACCCUGUUUUGCACAGCUAGCAAAGGGAGGCUGUGCUGGCUGAUGGAGGGGAGAAGGUUUUACAUGCAGCUGGAGUAUUGUGGUUGACCUUUACUGAUCUGUUACUUUUGUGCUUCCUGUUCAUUCUCCUUUCUUCUGUCCUGGUUUAGAAAAACAGAAGUAGCAUCUGAAUCUUUUAUUGCAUAAAGGUGGCUCUCCCUUUUUUAAGCCCAGUGCUGACUGUAUCCUCCUUGCGCUGUCAAAGCUGGGUACAGUGACUUUCUUAACAUGAAUGUUCAAAGGGAAGAAAGCAGUGCAAGCACAUCUUCAUGGCACAGCCUUGCAUGUAUAGGUUAAUAGGUGUUCAUCCAGUCCUCAUGUAACUUGAGAUGACCUGAGGUGUUCAAUGCAAAGGAAGGACAGGGUUUGUCUUGAAAAGAUAUCCAUUAAAUAACAAGCUGCAGUUGAAUAGAUGUAGUUCAAAUGCCUUACGGAUUGCUGUGACUAUAUUUAGUCUGGCAAUUCAAGAUGGCCAUUAAGAUUAUUUUCUAUUGGAGCUUUGUUUUUAAACUUUGAGGGUUCUUUUUUAGCCUUUUAAAUCUUAUUUUCUCCCCUUAAUAAGGAAUCUAGAGCUAGAUAAUUCCUUGUAUAAACUCAUAGUUCUGACCUGAGCUAUCAAGGGAUAUCCAGAAUGGCUCUACCUGCCCUUCUUGUUCAAUGGGUCAAGACUUUGUGCAGUGCAGCUCUUCUACACAGACAAAAUGCCAGUCUGUGGUGUUCUCCUUCCCCCAGUUUGACUAUUUUAUAUAGUCUGGUUUUUAUUCUUGUCUUUCUUCCUUCUCCCCAUCAUUUUUAUCAAAAGAGAUAAAAUAGAAAUCAUUCUGCUGCUCACAGCCUUUUGGACGUCUGUUUGGCAACUUGGCAGUGAAACAGAUCUAUAGAAGAGAUUCCCGUAAUAAAAAAUAGAUGGAAAAUAUGAAGACGUUGAGGAGAGAGGCUGGCAGCAAGCCCCUUCAAGAUGAGUAGAUGUCUGGCUUCAAUAGUAAAGUUUAAGUUAAGCAGAUGUUUUCCAAAUGAAUCUUUAAUAUGUCAAACUAUCUCAGUUUCUGUCUUGGAUUUCUCCACAUUUUCUUCCUGGAUCUUGUUAAAGAAACCCUAUUUUGGGAACUCCAGAAACUCCUUGUCAGCAUUAAGGAAUGGAAUAGAAGAUUCAGUUAUGUCUCUGUUUUGACCCCACAAACUGCUUUGCAUGAAACGAGCCAUAACUUCUACAGAAGAACUGUGACUAUAAGGACAAAGAUGUCCUAUGUAUCCCAUUUUAUUUUUGGGGUGGGUUGUAAAUGUACACCCAGCCCAGAAACAAGCAGCUCACUUGGAAACUUCAAAUCAUUAUGUCAUUGCCUAGUCUGCUUUGAUACCAGCAUGGAGUUCUCUACUGUGGAUCUUGAUAGAUGCCUAAAAAAGCCUUUUCUUCUUAAAAUGAGUUAAUUUGUUCAAGCAAACAACUUAAGUUGUCAAAGUUUCCUUAAGUACUGCUUCAUCUCUUUUUUUCCUCUUCUUGGAUGUUUUUGAGCCUGCAGUAAUGUGAAGAGAUUUGAAAGGAAGGGAAAUUAUGAAUCGCUUCAAAAGUAGCAGAUUUUAAAGGCUUCAGUCUAAGUAGGAGUAGCUCUAUUUAUAGCCUCAUUCUGUAUUUCUAUUAGUAGGAUCUUUCAGAUGGUGAGCAAAGUAUUUUUCUAGUCUUCUCUAGCCCUGUCCUGUGAGACUUGGCAUGUCUCUUUAUUCCCCUUGCUUCUCCUGACAGCGUGGUCUCUGCAGGACCCAGGCACUGCUCCAGGCUGAGCCAUCCGAGGCAUGUUCUCACCACCACGCUGACCCUUUGGAAGUGAGAGCUCUCAGUUUACAAUGCUGCUUGUGGGUACCAGUGCAGAUGUUUACAGCCUGACUUGGAAAACAAGGCUUUUGUUCUUCUUUUCCUCCAGUUCCGAGUAUACCUUUGUCAUAGCUUAACUGCAUGUCAAACGUAACCUUGUAUUUUGAUGCAUACACCUCUGUUGCCUACUUGUCAUUUGUGUGCUGCCCAGUCUGAAGCUGUAAUGCAUGUGCUCGGAGCAAGUGCCGCAUGGUGGGAAGUGGCACUGCCUGGUCCUUGGCCAACGGUUUGUCUUUGUGAAGUGUUGCGGUGAUGGCAAAACCUAUCCAAUGGGUUGCACUGCUGCUGUCUGUCUGGAGUGAUGUGAAGCUGAUCCAGCUUCCUGUGUAUGGCUAUUACACUUUCAUAAACCUCCUGAAAUAGCUCAUGGCGGGGUAAGCUUUAUUUCAGCCCAUUCAAUCAACAGUGAAUCAGCAUCCAGUAACUGCGAUGUGUAUGCGUGCGUUCUGCUCAGCUGCGUGGCCUGCCUAAGGGGGAGCUGGUUGAUUUUCAUCACUUGCAGCUGGGAUUGGCAUGAGCCAUUGGUUCCUCUGGUUUUAGUUUUGUGUCUCUUGAAACUUUAUGUACUGAAUGAACCUAAACAGCCAGAGCCCUACUCAGGCAGAAGCUUUGGGUAAUGAUUUGUCUUCGUGUUGAGGAGACAGGGGCAGAGCAGUUGCUGUCUCUCUUCUUGCGGUGCUGUAGAGAGGCAACAAAAUGCCACAAAACCCAGAAAGGUGGUACUGGAAGAUAGUAAAAACCAGUAAAAUGGUAUAAAACAUAACUGCAGCUGCAAAGCUAUUACCCCAGCUGGUCUCAGUUUCACAGGCAGAUGGGUAUUUUUUUAUGACCUGUCUGAGUAUUUUCCCGUGUCUUCCAGAGGAGAGGGUGAAAUGAGGCAUUUUUGUUUGUAAAGCCUCUGUUUUACUGGACUUUACUCCCGUUUUCUUUCCAGUCCCCCACUGUGCAUUACCAAUUGUAAGUCCUACAAGCAAAUUGCAGUAGGUGAAAUGAGCACUGCGACAAUCGGACAUUGUGGUGCUUGGUUUAGCUUCUCUGGUGUUUCAGACUGGUUUAUUCCUUAGUAUGGCUUCAACUUUGGGAAAUACAGAGUAGUUGGAUUCCUGCAGGUGGUCUGAUAUAAGAGAAACUUCAUGACAUUCAAACCAAGUGCUGCUUGCAGAGCAGGGAAAGUCUUGGAGAAUGUCCCCAAGCCAGGAGCCUCAUCCCAAGAGUUAGGGAUUACUUUAAACUUGUUUCAUUUCUCUCUUGAAACCUGUUAAGAAUUACUGCAUUUCAAGAAGUCUUUGGCCAGCUCUCCCUCACGGUUGAUACCUCCAGGAUGAUUCUGCUGCUUUGAUUUUUCCAGGCCAGACUGUGUAACAUUCCAUGGAUUCAUAAUGUAUUUAUCAGUGUAAUGAUCUGUGCAAUAAUUUAACAAGCGUAGGUAAAUCCUUUCUUGCUGAAUCCAGGAUACAUUUAAAGAUACAGUUGUCCUCUUGGAGAGCAGUGGCCUACAGAGGUGUUUUAGCUCCCACCUUGCUUUGGCAGUACUGAAAGAAAGGCUUGAGCAGGGAUUUAAACAGGCAUCAAGCAGCAUUUCAAUGUCCAUUCUUAGGGUUUGACUGUAGUGGCUUUAGUGACCUCUGGUAGAGCCCUCUGUCAUUGUCACACCCAUGGAAGCUUGGUCAGUAUGGAAUACUGUAUCUUUAAUCUUCCUGCUGUGUUUUUGUGACUUUCACAGGAAUGGCCGUUUCAGUGAACACUACUCAUUGGUCUGUAGAGUGGUACCAGACUUGAACUGCAGUGUCAGCUUUUAAAGAGCAUUAUAAUAAAGCAAAGAGAAACGGA